CAAGCUCGGGGAAAAAAUGUCCUACGCAGUGGAAACUAAGAAGCGCAAGUUCCACCGAGUCCUCGAAUCCCUGACGAAGCCCCCCUCAACACCCGUCGCCUCCAAAUCAGCCGUCAUCCCCGGAACCCCAACCGCUGCACGAGAACGUACCUCCCUCGAAAAUUCGAGCAAGAAAGCCCGCCUGGACCUCAAUGAGUUGUCUUUCGCCCGUAACUCUCUAUUGAGCACCCCGCGCCCAAGCUCCCGAGCCUCGACCGCUUCCACAACACCAUCGCGCCCCAGCUUCGUCCCAUGGGACCGCGAGCGCUUUCUCGAGCGAUUGGAAACCUUCCGGCGCGUGGAUCGAUGGGCGCCGAAACCGGCAGCAAUCAGUGAGGUGGAAUGGGCCAAGCGCGGCUGGAUCUGUAACGACGUGGCGCGCGUGGUUUGCGUGGGCGGGUGCGGUGGCUCGGUGGUCGUGAAGUUGCCGGAUGAGCUGGACGAGCUGGACGGUUUCGAUGCGGACAAGGUACAGGAGAGGAAGGAAGUCCGUGCCAGGCUGGUGGAUGAAUACGUAGGACAGAUGGUUAAAGGACAUGGGGAGAAUUGUCCAUGGAGGAACAAGGGAUGCGACGCCACCAUUCAUCGACUGCCAUUGUCAAACCCAGAUACGGCAAUUACCGGACUACGUACGCGCUACUUCAACCUCGUCAAAAUGGCAGAUCAACUACCGGAGUAUUCGACUAUUCAAGCACCGGAAUCGUUUGAUAUCGACUCGAUUAUCGAAACUCUUCCAGCGGACUUCGAAAGUAAAGAGAAGCUGCAAGACGAUGUUGCAGCGGAGGAGACCUCUCAAGAUGCCGAGACCGGCCAGGAUUCGGAACAAAUAACUUCUUCUAGAGAGUCGUCGAUCAAUAAGACUGCUUUUGUGCUUGCCUUCUUCGGCUGGGACUCAGUCCCAGACGGGACAGCUGGUCUGACGGGCUGCAGCGUGUGCUUCCGGCGGCUGGGUCUUUGGAUGUACAAACCGAAGACCAACGGGGACUUGGCGCUCUACGACUCACUUGACGUGGUCACUGAGCACAUGGAGUACUGUCCCUGGGUGAAUGGAACGGCGCAGAGUGGGACCGGGCGCGCAUCUGAGAAACCGGAACAUCUUCGGUGUGGGUGGGAGUUGUUGAGCCAGGCGCUCAAAGUGCGACAUCGCCGGCAGAUUCGAUCGACUGUUUCUGUCUCCAGUCGCGCUCCAUCUGAAGCCCCUUCGACAGACACGAUAUCGGUGGAUGACAGCAAUCCAGAAGCCAAGAAGGCCAGCGACCGCGAAUGGUGGGCCAAACUCCGUCGGAUGAGACAAGUGUUGAAUGUCAAGUCUCCCCGGAAGAAGACCGUCUCUCAGUGAUCUUAUCUUCAUCUGCACAACUUAUACCAUGUUAUUCUUUUUUUAUUUUACCCAUUGUACCUCUUAUGCAGCGUGGCGUUCAAGGCAUUCGUACGGCAUAGCUCUUUAUCUCUUGUGAUUUAGUAUG